GGGCUGGUCGAGGGGCCCUGUGAAUGUGGGGGGUUUUUUUCUGUGCUUCAAAUAUGUGAGCUGUGCAAGUGGACUGUUGCUUGGAAACGUCUGUUUUUGCUGCAGAAUAGUGACUGUUUUAUAAAAGGAGGUGGGAUUUUUUUAAAAUUAUUAUUUUUUUUUGUGAGUGAGUGAGUGAGUGAGUGAGUGAGUGAGUGAGUGAGUGAGUGAGUGAGUGAGUGAGUGAGUGAGUUACAUGCAAACUUCUGCUUGUGGACUGGGACAUCUCUGCUACAAGAGGGUUGCUCCAGGAUAUGGCUGGAUUCUUAGAAGUGUUAGAAGUGUUCAAGUCCAGGUUGGAAGGGGCUUGGAGCAACCUGGUCCAGUAGAACAUGUCCCUGCCCAUGGCAGGGAGUUGUAAAGAGAUGAACUCUAAGGUCCCUUCCAGCCCAAACCAUUCUGGGAUCUGUGGUGGCUAUUGAAGGGUUGUUUUCAGUUGCUGGAAAGCAAAGGAGACUCGUAGACUCAUGACAACUCCCCAAAGCCUUGCUGGAUUGGGCUUUAGAGGGGUUGUGAAGGAAAGGGGUCCCUGGUGCUGCAAGGCUGCUCUGCUGGGGAGAGGGAUGGUCAGGGUAGGAGGUUCCAGGGACAGCUCUGAAACAGCAGGUUGGGUCUGCUGGUAACUCAGGCCGAGGGGGACAUGGCACGUGGAUGUGGGGUGACAGAUCCCCAGGUUAAUCCUGGAUGCUGGCAUGGCUUGGAGCAGCCUCUGGGGCUGCAGGUGGGACACAUCUGUAAUUUAUGGACUCUGAGAUGUCUUUGCUCUCCUUCUCUCCUCCACUUCAUCAUGCCAAAUUAAUGUUCCUGACAUGUCUCUUAAUCAGGGUGUGCUCCAACUUCAGGCUGUUGCCCUUGCAGUCACAAGUAGAACAAUGGUAAAAUUUGGUUAUGUAUCAUGCAGUUGUGUUAUGCUUAAAUGUGCUUUAUUGUUAGACACUUCAGAUGCAGAUGUCUGUGCAAGGAAGAUAAGUGUCCUAGCUAGAGUGCCCAGGGUAUAAUCAAGAAAGAUGUGGGUUCUCCUGGGACAUCAGCCACCUCACCCUAAUACAGGCACCCCAAAUAGAGCAGAGAGCCAUCCAUGAUCCCCAGCUCCUGGAUGGGUCAUUUCUCUCCUACCUGAAAGGAUGUUUUAUAAUUUCUAUCCUGAAAGGAAACCUUAGCAUAGAUUUGAGCCUUUCCCAGAUUGCCUGUGUCCCAGAGAUGCAAAGGAUGACAAUGGUUUCUACAUUCCAAUCCUGUGUUUGCCACACAGAGCUGAGCCAGUCUGACCUAGGUCUGCAGCCAUAACCUGACCUGGAACAUCUUGCAGAGCUCUCCCUCACCUCAGGCACUUGGAAUGCCACAUCCUACCCUUGUUUUGCAGUCCCUAAUUACUUUCUAGUGUGGGAGGACUUGGAGAACGUGCUGGAGUUGUUCAUCCAGCCUUUGUGAUUUGCUUUGGUAUUUAUAAACACAGUGAGGAUGUGAUCUGUGAUGCAAGGGCAGGUCGGUGUGGAAGCUUUGGAAUGAGUAAUGCCUUCCUCUGUGUACAUCCGAGUUGCAGAAAAGGACUGGAAAGCCCAUGAGGAGGAGAAAAGUGAGUCCUCCUUAGGUGGUAGAAGCUUACAGAGAGCAAGGAGCUCUAGAGGUCUUUCUGGAGGGAACAAGACCAUACCCAGGUCUAGAGAAUGAGUCCGAUGCCAACAACAUUUUUGGGCAGUGCCCUCCGGGGCACUUUCUUCUUCACCUUUGGCCUGUGGUGGUCGGUGAGGUACCCCCUGAAGUACCUCAGGAGGAAAGGGAGUGCUGAGGGCCAGCCGGGCCGUGGGCACAUGGAGGUCUUCGAAGGCGCAGUCAAAGCUUUCUUUGCUCUAGUAGGGAUACUGGUGGAGCAGUUUGUCCCCACUGGUCCCCACCUGCAGCUGUACAGCCCCAAGACCCACAGCUGGACUGACCUCACCCACUGGCACUACUCCACCAUCUACCUCUUCUUCCUCCUCUCCGGCAUCACAGAUAUGGUCUCACACUCCCCACUCAAGCUGCCCCCUGGCUUGGACCGGCUCUCGCUGUCCCUGGCUCUGCUUGUGGAAGGUUUGCUCUUCUGUUUCCGUGACUACAGCGAUGCUAUGCUGGACCAGCACCUCCACUCCCUGCUGGCCGUGGCUAUCUUUGCCGGAGCCCUCUGUGCCCUCCUAGAGGUGUUCCUCCGAGACCACAUCAUCCUGGAGACAUUCAGAACCAGCUCCUUCCUUCUCCAGGGCUCUUGGCUUUGGCAGAUUGGGUUUGUGCUGUCCCCUCCAUGGGGAGGACCAAGCUGGGACCAGAGCGACUACAGCAACCUCUUGUUCCUCACCAUGUGCUUCUGCUGGCAUUACUUGGGUGCUGUCGCCAUUGUGGCCACCAAUGCUGCUUCAUCCCGCUGCUGCAAUGAGUCCUGCCAGCUGAAAUUUGGGGACAUCGACGUGGAAUUGGACUGUGGCUUGUGCCUCCACAGAGGGAAGAAGAGCUCCGGUGGCGCCUUGCUGCCGGAGAGCAGCUUGGAUGACAAAUGAGGCUGUGGUGGGCAUGGAAAUCUCUUCCCUGAUGGUUUAGAGCUCUUGAGAUGAGGUUUUUAAUUAGUCUUGAUAAAAUACAGCGGCACUUGACAGUGGAGCAUCAGAAGUAGAAGGCAGGACCCUGAGGGAGAGCAUGACAGGAGAUGCUAAGUCUUUCCUUGUGCAUUCCUUUGGUAACCAUGAGUUCAUAAUUCUCUCAGCUGCAGCUCAAGCUGCAGACUGCAGGACUAGUUUGCUGUUGGAGUCCAACUGGAGUGGCAAAUCAGACUAUCUUUUCUAACAUUUCCCUUCUGCUUCCUCAGAAGGGAGCCAAGCCAGCGUUCAAAGCUCCUGGUGGUUGUCGUUCACUCUGAUGUUAAUGGAGAGGGUUUUGUACUAAGCUGAAUGUACAGACUAUCUGUGAUCACCAAUAAAGUGCUUUAACACA